GAAAAAGGAAGUAAAGAGUUUAGAAAGCAAAUAUGCAAUCGUUGAACCUAAAGGUUUUCACAGAGCUGAACGUAACGACAAGGUCUUGGCCUCGUCGACGAGUAAGAGAUGCAAGAGGGAAUUUAUGUAAGAUCGUGGCUUGCAACUCGGAUAAUAAUGGAGCUGCUAGAGAGAAUCGGACCUCUGCCUCCUCAGUUUAUCGUACCCAAACUUAUGCUCUUUUGAAGCAGCAGAUGGAAGUUGCGGCCAAAUCCGAGGAUUACAAGGAAGCGGCCAGAAUUAGGGAUUCAUUGAGGUCAUUUGAAGAAGAAGAGCCCGUUUUGCGCCUUAGAAGAUUGAUGAAAGAGGCAAUCGCUGAUGAGAGGUUUGAGGAUGCUGCUAGAUACCGCAAUGAAAUAAAGUCAGUCUCUCCUCAUUCACUCCUUAAAUGUUCAAGUGAUGCAACCACCCUGGGGAUCAGGGUCCAGGUCAGGAGUGUGUACAUUGAGGGUCGGAGCCAACCUGCAAAAGAGCAGUACUUCUUUGCGUAUAGGAUCAGAAUUACUAAUAAUUCAGAUCGCCCUGUUCAACUUCUUAGGAGGCAUUGGAUCAUCACUGAUGACAAUGGGAAAGUUGAGCAUGUCUGGGGAAUUGGAGUUAUAGGAGAACAACCAGUUAUUCUUCCUCAGACUGGAUUUGAGUACUCCUCUGCAUGUCCAUUAAAUACUCCUAAUGGGAGAAUGGAAGGAGAUUUUGAGAUGAAGAACGUGGACAAAGUGGGCUCUUCAUCGUUCAAUGUAGCUAUUGCUUCUUUUUCCCUCUCUAUGAUUGGAGAUGACACUGAUAUAAUUUGAAGCUAUAUUGUAAAGCGCACACAGGAUUUUGGAGACUUUGUAGGAAAGGCAAACCUUAACACGCAUUAGGUUAUUACCUGAAGAGUAGUGGAAAACCAGAUUGUAAUACAACCAUAGGGUACAUAUUGUAUGUUUUCAUGGCAUUCUAAAUCA